GGAACUAGUAGGUAUAUAAUAUAACUAUUUUUAGGAGAUACAUAAACAAUGGAAUGCUCUAGAAGAUCAUCAUCAAGAGAUGUUUCUCUUAAGGAACUUAGCAGAAGGCUGGCUGAGUUUGCUGAAGACAGAGGCUGGGCUCAGUAUCACAGCCCCAGAAAUCUUCUUUUAGCUCUUGUUGGGGAAGUGGGGGAGCUAUCUGAAAUAUUCCAAUGGAAGGGAGAGGUUGAAAAAGGACUACCAAAUUGGAGUUCAGAAGAAAAGGAACACUUAGAAGAAGAAGUCUCAGAUGUGUUGUUGUAUUUGGUGCAGCUUGCUGAUGUUUGUGGCUUGGAUCUUGGUCAAGCAGCUCUCUCUAAAAUUCUCAAGAAUGCCAAGAAAUAUCCACUAAAUAAUAAUUAAUACAAAAACCAAUGCAAACUUCAUGCCACUUAAACUAUAUAUUAUGGAAAAGCUUUUAAGUAUAUCGGUAAUAUUUCAAUAAAUUUUAACGUGGAUCUUAAAUAUAUAUAUUAUAUAUAUUUUUUAUAAUUAAAAAUGAGUGAAACACUAGUGUACGGAUACACUUAAAUUUUUUUUAUAUUAUGUACUACACUACUAGCUAGUGUGUUGUUA